GUGUUUGCAUAGAAAGAAAGUUUUCUGGCCGAUGAAAAAGGUGUGAGUAAAAUCGGUGUACCGUUCAGAGAAAAUAUUUUUUGUCUGAUUAGUUCUGGCAACAGCAUCGAAUAUUUCCAGAAGGGUUUUAUUGCCACACUUUUAUACACGGUGUAAAAGUAUGCUGAACGGAUACCGUUUCACUGUUGCCGAUUUCUAGCAAAGACAAUCAAUCUAUUUCUCUUCCACUUUGCUAAAGCGAUGACUUCAUGAGCAAAUCCGUCAAGGCAACCUUUUCGGAACACAUCAAAAUCAAGAUACGUUGGCCUUCGUCGAUUUCAACGCCAUCAUCACCAUCUAGACACCAAACCAGAACAAAUAGUGCUAGAAAAAUGAGUGACCGCAAGGCCGUCAUCAAGAAUGCCGACAUGGGCGAAGAGAUGCAGCAGGACGCAGUAGACUGUGCAACGCAGGCACUGGAAAAGUACAACAUAGAGAAGGAUAUCGCUGCCUACAUAAAGAAAGAAUUCGACAAAAAAUACAACCCCACCUGGCAUUGCAUCGUAGGCCGAAACUUUGGGUCGUACGUGACGCAUGAAACGCGCCACUUCAUAUACUUCUAUCUUGGACAGGUUGCCAUCCUAUUAUUUAAGAGCGGUUAAACCACAAAAUUAGCUUAAUAUCAUCUGAAAUGCUGAAGCGGAGAUGUGAACGGGGGAGGGAAUGCCACACGGACGACGGAGAACGGUAGAUUGCGUUAGAAAUGGCAACGAUAUUGCGUGUGACAGCAGCAUCCAGAUCCGGACACGGCCUUCUACCUGUAAAGCGUCGUAAGUUCUUGGGUAUCGUACGGACUCAAAUGCAAGUAAUAGAAACGAAAAGAUGAACAGACAACUAGAACACUGGAGCGGAGAACUGGAACUGGAGUGUGUGAGCAUUAUUUGGAGCGAGUAAAAAUUUGACAUUCUUAAUAUAUUUAUCGGGAACUGUACUAACUCUCGUACGACGCAGAACUGUAUUUAUUGAGUAAAGCAACUUUACCGGAAAUCACGAGAGAAAUAACCCGUAAGGUCCAUUAUUGGUCGUAAAAUAAGAUUGGAUCAAGAGGAACAAAACCAUCUGUCCAGUCACAUGCCGCAGUAAAUUCUCCUUUGAAUUGGCAGCUAUUUGAAGUCAAACGCGCAAGCCCAAUGCCAGACGAGGCUUAGCGGGGAAAAGCAGAUGUUGAAGUAAAACUAGAAUUGCAUUGCGUUCAGUAAACGAUAUAUCAGUGUGAUGGAGAAUUAUAAUAGAUGUACAGGAUCGCUGCCUUUGUCCAAUACCCCAUAAAACAACAAAAUUCUAGAGAUACAAUUAAUCUCGAUUGUCUGAAAAAGUUUAUACGUGGCCAUUUUAUGAUUGAAGGAUCUAUCGUAGAGGCCAUCGAAGAUGGAAGUGUAGAAAGAGACAGGAAGUUGUUGGGAUAGCAAGGUACAGAACAGUUCAGACACGAUCAAGGGAGAAGGAACUGGACGUCUUUCGUUUAUCCUAAUUCUGGAUGAUAGAUCUUCCAUUAAAAGAAAGGCUUGCGUGCGCUUUUAUUAAGGGCCGAUCAUGGAACCUUCAUUCACUGACAGAAACCUCCGUAACAUACGAUAUUUAGUUGUGAAACAAAAGUUCUUGCGAAAUUUCUCAACCAAAACGAAAAGAAGAACCCAAUAGGCAGGCGCAAAACUUGAAUGGACGUAUUCAAUUCGUUUUCCCGGGUGACGUGCAGUGCAAGGUGCAUGGUUUGAGUCGCAAGAAUUCGCAUUAAUUCUACUAUGUCGAUCGAUCGAUUGAAAUUUUGAAUGGCAAGUCUAUUUUUGAGUUAGCGUCUUGGGUUAGUUUGGACAAACACUUAAUGGUAGGAGAGUAUUUUUUUUAUCUCCGUGAAUGAUAGUCUAGCAUGCUAACGAAACUUAUUAUGUUUCUACGUUAGAGUGCGUAAAGUUCCGCACCACCUCCACGUCGCGUGUUGCCUCAGGUGCGACGUAGAUAUAAGUUUUUUUUCUUUUUUUGUUUUGUUUUUCGAAGGAAAGUAUAGAAGGCGUAGGAUUGAUUUUGACCCCCCCCCUCAGAGAACGUACGAAGUUUCAUUAAUCAUUUCCGUUUUUCUUUAACGAUGGUUAUUAGAAGUAGUUUUGUUUUUCCACUAUAGUAUAUCAAAUGAAAGAAGGAGUAUAAAUAAAGAAUUACACUCGAAAUACAAAACUAACUGCAUAGAACUGAAGCGAGAGCCUAUCGUGUUGGUAGUAGCGAACAAAUCUAACACUCCCUCUCACUCACGCAUACACUCAAAGUGUGUCAGCACAGAAAUAAAGGAUGUCCCGGGAUGCAGCUUUAUGUGCAGGUGUGAUGAGCAGUGUGUAGUUUAGUCAAUGAAAUCACGCACGUUCCGGAAGGAGAAUAAAGGAAAGCAGGUCGGCACAAGAAAUGCAGCAAAAUACUGCUAGCUAUGCUUUUAUGCAACAUUUGCAGUCGGUGGAGGAGUAGCAGCAGCUGCAUUCGUUCAAGAAUAGAUAUUCUAGUGAUUAUCCACGGACCACUGUUCUCCUCCUCCCCUCUCAUCCAUUCGCCAACAUUAUCGACAUUUCGCUAUGAGUUCAUCAUCCUUCUCCGACAUCCGGGUAAACCAUUGUGAUGUGUGUGUGUGUGUGUGUGUGUAUGUGUGUGUGCAUGAUUUUUGCGUGCGUGUGUGUGCAUGUCAUGUGCGCGAGUAGUGCACUGCAGUCAAGUAGAUGAUAAGAAGAAUUACCGGAAUAAUUUAGUGUAGCGACGAGGAAACCUUUCCGCUAUAUGCAAACGAUUAACAACUAAAGCUAAAGCUUUUAACAUCCAAUCCUAGCGGGAUUAGGAACGAUGGGGAAUCAUUUCUUUCAUGUUGAUAAUUUCAGGCAAAUUUAUCAUGGAUGUUAUGUUAUGGAAUUCAUUGAAAGAAUGGAUGAACUUAAUUUUUGCGACUUUAGUUAUCUAUCUUUGAAAAUAAUUUUCCAGUUAAUGGGCAUUGCUACAGGUGCAUGCAAUUAGAAAAAGUAAAUGAAAGUAAUACACUUGUUUUUCCUAUAUGGAUGUAUCUUGUCCUGUCCCGAACAUGCUUUGAACGACCUCCGUUCAACGUUCUUCAAGAAAAACAAUCCCUUUAUGUGUUUGAUGUAUUUUUGGAAUAUUUUAAACGGAAAAUCGUAUAAGUGUGCACAAUAUACUGAUAUAUCUCGAUGGCGGUUUUCAUUCCGAUUCUUAUCUUCUAAACAUUUGGUGAACGAACUGGAAUUUCGGGAUACUCUUGGCCUUUGAAUGCGUUUCUUCAAAGCAUAAACGUGAAUAAUAUAUGUGGAAAUCUUUAACCUCACUCAAAAUAUCGCACUCAAGUGGAGGGGAGCUGUACACGUGAUGAUCCUCAACAACAUUUGAAAAGGACUAUUGUUUGUUCAGUGUGUAAGUGUAUGUGAGUGUUAUCGCUGUUUCGUGCUGUAUAAUCUAUUUCCCUCGGUUGCACAUCCUUCUGUGGCCACUAUGAUGGAAAGGCAAGGCGGCACACAUAACCUCCAUAUUAUGAGGCUGUGGGACAUUUUCUUUAAGUCUCCCCCCUACCCCCAACUCUUUCUUCCGUACUCUGUCCUAUCUGAUUCCUACGCCCACGGCAAAUGUAACCGUCUGUGUGGUAUUUCUUUAAAAAUGUCUUCGCGGAUCCUUCAUUUCACAAACUACGUCACAACCGAAACAACCGGGGUUAUUCUCCGUCCUAUUGGUUCUGCUGGAUGUGAGUCAUAUUCAUAUACGUUGGUGUACUUUUUAUCAAACACAAUCGUCGAAUCACAAGCAUGACAUAGUAAAAAGGUGUGGAAGAAGGCAGAUAGAACGCGCAGGAGUGGAAAGAAAAAAAAAUGCAGAAAAUCACAGAAAAAUAAAAUAAAAAGCAGCAACAUUGAAUGUGCGAUCCAAACCAGCUGGGAACGAAUGGAGACAUAAAGCAAAUGAUAAAGUAAACUAUUAAGGAAUAAAAAGAAGAAAAAAACGAUAAAAAUGAAUGUGUUCCAACGUUCGUGUAUCUUUAAAUGACCAAACGUAAUUUACGUAAAGAAGAAAGAAAGUGCGCCAUUCAAACUCUCGAGAAACUGACCAACCACCCAGAAAGUACAUCAAAACAGCUAAACACAAUUAGGCAUCAUGCAGUUAA